GGGAAACCGUGCGGUGGCCGCCAUCUUGCGUACGGAGGUGCGGCUGGUUACCCUUAUUCUGACGGCGGCGGGGCGUUUAUUCUCUUCAGCUUUCUGCUUUGUGGCCGUGUCUCGGCGUUUCUUUCACCUUCAUAAAGAUGCCUUAUGGUGAAAUUGAAGCUAAAUUCUUGGGACCUGGAGAAGAAUUAACAAAUGAGCCAUGCUAUAAAAAAUUGAAGUCAACUGCGGAGGAUUAUGUUUUCCCUGAUCAUGGUAGUGCUUCUUUUCACAGAAUCCAAGAGAAAACUGGAAACAAUCGGGAUACUGCAGCUAUCAUUGAUGGCAGAGGACAUAGUUGUCCUCAGGAGGACAAAACCCAAAGUACAAAGUUGUUGAAACCUGUGUGCGAUAGACUAAAUGUUAUUGAAUCCAUUGGUUCACAAGUUUUACAGGAUGGAAACCCUUCAUUAGUAUCCAGAGAUGAUGAGAUAUAUAGCACAAGUAAGGCAUUUAUAGGACCCAUUUACAAACCCCCUGAGAAAAGGAAAUGUAAUGAAAAGAAGAAUAAGGCAGAUACUCUGAGUGGUAUAAAUGACAAGGGAAGACUAGAGGAGAAACAGAAGUUUAACUCAAAAAAAUUAGAGAUUGACACAGAACUAACCCAAUUUUACAAAGAAAUUGAAGAACUUGAAAAUGAAAAAGAUGAUUUGGAAGUCAGUUGUAAGAAAGUUGAACCUUCUCAGGAACAACUUAUUCAGUAUUACCAGGGCCAUAAAAAUGAUGUCUUAAAAUCUGAUGAAGAAAAUAAAGAUCUUAAGAAUGCUCUUGAGUUGCCUUGUGGUUAUCAGCAGUACUUGGGGAAUGAGGCAGGCAAAUAUACCUGUGAUGGACAAGUAAUUCCUGCAUUUUGUGAUAUUUCUUUUGCUUCCUUCAGGCCUGAAUGGCAAUCAACACAUCCUUUUAUAGUACCCCAUGGUCCUCCUCUUCCCAGUUUGAACUAUCACUUAAAUAUUCAACAGUUCAGUGCUCCUCCAAAUCUACCACCAAAUGUUUUCCAUGCCCAAGAUGACUCUCUUAUGCGAAAUGGGUAUGAUGUACAUAAUUGUCAUGUUAACUGGAGUUGUUUGACUUUUGAUCAGAACAAUGAGUAUACUGACUGUAUUGAGAAUAACAGUAGUAGUAUUCACUCUGGAAAUGGCUGCAGUGUGCAAGAUGGAUAUGUGAGUAACAGUUUCUAUGAAAUCAGAGAAGGAUGCUGGAAAGAUCCUUCUAUGGACAAACAUAGUGGAAUGGACAGGUUUGUCAACCAGCAAUUUCAAGAGGAAAAGUUAAAUAAAUUGCAGAAGUUACUGAUUCUUUUAAGGGGUCUGCCUGGUUCUGGGAAAACAACGUUGUCUCGAAUUCUGCUUGGUCAGAGUCGUGAUGGCAUUGUAUUCAGCACUGAUGACUAUUUUCACCAUCAAGAUGGGUACAGGUAUAAUGUUAAUCAACUUGGUGAUGCCCAUGACUGGAACCAGAACAGAGCAAAACAAGCUAUCGAUCAGGGAAGAUCUCCAGUUAUAAUAGACAACACUAAUACCCAAGCUUGGGAAAUGAAACCUUAUGUGGAAAUGGCCAUAGGAAAAGGAUACAGAGUAGAGUUUCAUGAACCUGAAACUUGGUGGAAAUUUGAUCCUGAAGAAUUAGAAAAGAGGAAUAAACAUGGUGUGUCUCGAAAGAAGAUUGCUCAGAUGUUGGAUCGUUAUGAAUAUCAAAUGUCCAUCUCUAUUGUAAUGAAUUCAGUGGAACCAUCACAGAAAAGCACACAAAGACCCCCUCCUCCACAGGAGAGGCAGAGAGAAAACAUUUUGAAGAAAACUGGACACAGUCUGAGCAAAAACAAACAAAAGAGAAAAAGAAAAAGAAACAAAAAGCAUAAUAGUCUUACUGAAAUUAUGGAUGAAAACUCAUUUGAAACCUUAAAUUAUCUUAAAAUAGGAGAUCAGGUCCCAAAUGAAGAGGAAGAUUUUGAAGAGAAUGAAAGAGAAUCAGUGUGUCCCUUCACUGGUGGCCUACAAAAUGUAGUAAGAAAUUUUGUGAAUGGCUAUAAAGAAAAAAGUCAGAAAAGCACAGAUCCUGAAGACAGUUUUCCAAAUGUUAUAUCUAUAGUUGAGUUGGACAAGACACCAGAUAAUUACUUCCCUAAGGAAAAUGAUGACUUAUUUCUAACUUUGUCAUCAAUCCCAAAUGAAGGCUCUGUAACUUGUCCACCAGGGACUCAAAAUCUUUCCUAUUUAACAAGGGAUGACUCCUUGGGUAUGAAGAUAGAAAAGCAUGUUGGAAAUAGGCAAAACUUAUCAUUAGACACCCAGGAACUAUUUGCUGAUAAAACCCCAUGUUCGUUUAUGCAGAAAAGAGAGAUGGUAAAUAAAAGUCUCUCAAAUGAACCAAUUCUGUGCCAUCAACAUGGAUCCCGAACUUCAGAUAAUGUUUUAAGAGAGGAACAAGGAGUGCAUACAAUUAAAAACAAUUAUUGGGCUUUUUUCACAACCAAUUCAUCUGAAGAAUUACAACAAGGCUCUGAAAGACAAUCCUAUUUUGGUAGCUGGCCUGAGGGACCGCAUAAGUUUGUAUGUGAACAGAGACCAAAGAAAGAUAGAUCACGUAAACUGACCCAUCCUGACAGUGGAGAACAAUUGAUUAAAUUAAUCUCCACUUCUGAAGGAGUAUCAGGACCAGGAAGUGGUCCAGAAACAUUGACAGAGGAGAAACUACUGAUAGAAAAUGAAGAUUUGUCACAUCCAACUGAAACUAUAGAUUCAUUCAUGAAAACAGACACAAAUAUCCUCAGCAGCUACUUAUCUCAACUGGACAUCACCCAAAGUGCCUUACAAUCAACAACUAAUAAGAAAAGGAGAGAGAAUAGGAUUUUAAAUUUGGUACCAAACUUACUGGGACAGAGUCAUUUCAAUGCAAAAGAAGGGGAGAAAUGUGGCCUGUUACCUGAAAACUUUGGAUUGAACAUUAUUUGGGGAGAAAUAAAAGAUAGAAUUUCAGAAAUCAAUAACCAAGAAGAGAAUGAGCAAAAAGUUAUGAUCUUUGAUCAUCAUUCAUUGUGGUUUUACCCUGAUAUUAUCAAAGAUUCCUUUCUAAAUAUUGGUGGAAAUUUUUAUUCUCACUACUUGUCAUUUAGUAGACUAGGGUAUGCUCUGUAUUUUUACAGAAGCCCUAUUCCUUCUCUUGUGUUGCAUUAUAUAUCUAGCUUUUGGAUGGUAUCUUUUACCAACAAAAAAACGUUUUUGACUUUCAAAUCACAAACAAUAGGCAAUAAGCUAAAAGAGGUAGGGUUUAUUUCUUCAGAAAUUUUAAUUAGGCAACCUGAUACUUUGUGCUCUUUGAGGGGUACCUCUGAAAGAUUUGGUGAAAAGCUGAAGAGAUGGGAAGAAUCUAAGCCAUUACAGUGUUUACCAACUGAGGAUCUCCAAGAUUUAACAAGCACUGAUUUUAAUACCUUUGAGCUUCCAUUAUCAAAAGGAUUUGCUUUUCAACUAGUAACGCUUUUUGGAUCUCCUGGAGUUCCAAUGGAAUCCUUAUUACCUGAUGACUAUGUUAUUCCCCUUGACUGGAAAACACUGAAGAUGAUCUAUUUGCAAUGGAAGAUGUCAAUAGAGAAAAGACAAAAGAAGAUUGGUUAGAAAGAAUUCUUGAAUUCUGAGUCCUCCCGUUUUCACAGUGAUUCUGAAGACCCUGAUCGCCUGCUCAGCACUGACCUGAAGAACUCUUUUCAGGGUUGGACCCAUUGGAUACCAAAAGUGGUUUGGAUAAUCUGUCCAACUAUUCUUAAUAAGUUAUCUGAAUAAUAAUAAAAAACUCAACCGAAGAGGUAACCAUUUAAGUAUUUUAUUAUUAAUUUUGAAGAUGUUUGCCAUACUUUUAUGUUACAGAAGAAUAAGGUACAGAAAAUUUGAGGAACUUUUUUUUUUUUAAAUUGCAUCAGGAUCAGAAGUGUAGGUCUUAUAUCUGACUAUUGGCCUGAGAUUUCAUUUCUAGAAUUCUGAAAUCCAAAAAGCUCUAAAAACCAGAAUCGUUUCUGUUUUGUUUUUCCAAUUUUUUAUUGUGGUAAAAUACACAAUAAAAUUUAUCUUCUUAACCAUUCUGAAGGUAUAAUAUACCAUCACCAUCAUCCAUCUCUAGAACUCUACAUUUUAUAAAACUGCAACUCUGUACCCAUCCAUUAAACAUUUCCCCAGUCUCUGUACCCUUAGCCCCUGGCAAACACUGCUUUGUUUUAAAAAUAAGUUUAGAAUUAAAACUAAGUUGACAGCUAA